AAUUAAGUAUUGAGUAACAAGUCACUAAAUAGACUACAUGACAAGACAGCUAUUCUAGAAAUCUUUUAUACAAUACCAUUUGAAGGGGCAAGUGGAAGAAUGUCAGUCAAUCUCGACGAAUAAAACCUUUGGUGCGGUUGGCAUCACUGGUCACACGUUUAUAAAAAAUGACAUAACCUCACUUUAGCAAUGUCGAGACGAAAAGUGGUUUUUAUCCACCCCGAUUUAGGUAUUGGGGGCGCUGAACGGCUGGUUUUGGACGUCGCAAGUGCCUUAUCAAAACAAGGAAACGAAAUUAUUUUUCUAACAAAUCAUUUCGACAAAAACCACGCAUUUGAAGAGCUCAAGAAUGGGGAGUUCCCCAUUGAAGUGUAUGGCGAUUGGCUACCGAGACACCUUUUCGGAAGGUUUCAAGCUCUCUGUGCUUACAUAAGGAUGAUUUAUUUAACAUUUAUCUACUCGAUUUUUCAUCGUAAGGAGCCAAAACCCGACGUUUAUUUUGUAGAUUUAAUUCCUGUGGCUGUUCCAAUUCUGAAAUUAUUUGGCAAGAAAGUGAUUUAUUACUGCCACCACCCGGACUUGCUCGCGAGUACUCCCGGAGGGGCUUUGAAAAAAUUCUACAGAAAACCGAUAAAUUGGCUUGAGUUGAAGUCAACAUCUCGGGCUGACAUUAUUCUAGUGAAUAGCGAGUACACCGCGUCGGUUUUCCGCGAGACAUUCCCCGAGAUCAGGAAGACAGUCCAAGUGGUGUACCCCACAGUGGCCUCCUCGUACUUAAAAGCCGUCAAAAGCAUCCAAAACCCAAGACUGAUUCAUGAAAUCAUUCCGGAAAUACCCCAAAACGCCACCUGCGUCUUUCUCUCAAUCAACCGCUUCCACCCCGCCAAAAAGCUCGACUUGGCCAUAAACGCGAUGGAAAUUCUGCAAAGAAUCACAUCGGAAAAUGAACGUAAAGGGAUUUUCCUCGUCGUGGCCGGGGGCUACGACCCCCAAUCGACCAUAAAUGCGACGUAUUUCAGCGAGUUGCAGAAACUAGUCACCGAGAAGGGGCUGCAAGACAAGAUUGUGUUCCUCAAAUCACCCACAGAUGACGUCAAAACCGAGCUUUUGAUGGCUUGCGAUUGUCUGGUUUAUACACCAGUGAAGGAGCAUUUUGGGAUUGUCCCUCUUGAGGCCAUGACAGUGGCUAAGCCGGUUAUUGCGUGUAACAGUGGGGGCCCCAGGGAGACUGUCGACCACGGAAACACGGGGUAUUUGUGUGAACCAACCCCCGAUAGUCUAGCGCAAUUCAUGUACAGGAUAUUCAAGUCUGAUAACAAGGAAAUAGGGAUUAAGGGGCGGAAAGUGUUGCAGGAGAAAUUCUCAAAUGAGAGUUUUGCAAAGACUUUGAAGAAAAUCCUUGAUAAUAGUGUAAAUAAGAAGUUUAAUUAAUUAACAAACUAAAAAUAAAUAAAUUUACUUAGUCCAUGAGA